AUGAUGGAGGCAGUAUUUCACCUCGCCACAGCUGUCCAGAUGUCCUCGUUGCUUAUGACUCUUUUCACACAGUGCACUGUCGAGUGCUCAGCAGACACAAAGCAGACAAGAUGGCCUAUCUACUCCCAGAAGCCAGUUCUUCUCGUCUGGAAUGCUCCAACACAGGAGUGUGGGCCACGCCAUGGUGUUACUUUCUCCUUGAACCAGUUUGAUAUUGUGGCGACUCCCAAUGAGGGCUUUGUCCGGCAGAACCUCACAGUGUUCUAUAAGGAACGCCUUGGAUUGUAUCCCUAUUAUGAGCCUGGGGGCUCUGCAGUGAAUGGAGGCCUUCCACAGCUUGCCAGUCUCACUCAGCAUUAUGAAAAGAUGCCUGCAGGACUAGACAAGUACAUACCAGACCCCAAGGCAAAAGGUUUGGCUGUCAUUGACUGGGAGGACUGGCGUCCAUUGUGGAUCCGAAACUGGGAUGUCAAAGAUAUCUAUAGGAUUAAAUCGCGUGAAUUAGUAGCCAAAAAGAACCCUACGUGGACCUCAGAUCAAGUGGGGAAAGUUGCACUACAGGAGUUUGAGCUAUCAGCUCACAAGUUCAUGCAGGAAACACUGAAACUUGCAAAGAGCCUGAGACCAAAUCAGCUGUGGGGAUUCUACCUGUUUCCAGAUUGUUACAACCAUGACUACAAAAUUGGGCUGAAAAACUACACAGGCCGCUGUCCCCUUGUAGAAAUGAACCGAAACAAUCAGCUGAACUGGUUGUGGAUGGAGUGCACAGCAUUUUUCCCAUCAAUAUACAUGGGUUCUGUUCUGAAAUCAACAGAUUACGGGCGCCUGUUCGUUAGAAACAGGUUGAAUGAGGCAAUGCGUCUUGCCUCUGUUGGAGGAGGAUUAGCACGUCCUGUUUUUGUUUAUACUCGACCGACUUACAACAGCGAGAUGACCCUUUUAACUGAGACAGAUUUGGUGUCCACUAUUGGUGAGAGUGUCGCAGCUGGAGCUGCAGGUGUAAUCUUCUGGGGGGACACCUCCUAUGCAAGCAAUACCAGCUGCUCCACCCUGAGUAAGUAUCUUAUGGGACCGUUGGGGCGCUACCUCCUCAACGUGACCACAGCAGCAGAGCAGUGCAGCCAGAUGUUGUGCAAGUUCCAUGGCCGCUGUCUACGCCGAUUACCGGACAGCGAUGAGUAUCUGCACCUCAGCGCCUCAACACACAGGAUUACAAGCCUGAGCGGCCAGCUGAAGGUGACUGGAAAGCCUGGCCAAGCUGAGCUGCUGGUUUUCCGCAAACAUUUCAAGUGCCAGUGCUACACUGGGUAUAAAGGGGAAGGUUGUGAGCAGAAAGAAAAAGGGCAGAAUAGAGCCCCCUCUGUUUUAGGAACCUGGCCUGUUUGCCUUUUACUCCCACUCGGACUUCUCUCUCUGCUUCAUUAGGAAUACAACGAAACUAAACCAUUUACUUCUUCCAGCAGCACUGAAGGGAAACGUUCAGACUUUUGGGCAUAACUGUAGUAACUUUGCCAUGAAAUUAGUGUUGCAUUGGCAGCAAC